AUGCCAAGAGUAGUUAUAAUAGGCGGAGGACCUACGGGUCUGGGCGCGGCGGUGCGCCUCGCCGAGCUCAAGCAUGAGGACUGGCAUCUGUACGACUGCAGUGACGUUCCUGGUGGUCUGUCGCGCAGCUGCUGUGACGACAAUGGAUUUUUGUGGGAUAUGGGUGGACACGUCAUUUUCUCUCACUACCAAUACUUCGAUGAUGUAAUGGAUUGGGCGGUGCAGGAGUGGAACACACUGGAACGUGAGUCGUGGGUCUGGGUACGGGGUCGAUUGGUGCCAUAUCCAUUCCAGAACAACAUUCACCGCUUGCCAAAGUCGGAUACAAGACACUGCCUUAAUGAGAUAGUUAAGGCACAAGCUGUAACCUACAAGGAGCCACCAAGGAACUUUGAAGAGUCCUUUACGCGGCAGUUUGGUGAGGGUAUCGCGAAUAUUUUUAUGCGGCCAUAUAACUUCAAAGUAUGGGCCGUGCCGCCGCGACUCAUGAGUACCGAGUGGGUUGGCGAGCGCGUUGCCCCUGUCGAUGUGGAGCGAAUUCGUCACAACAUUGAAACUAACAAAGAUGAUUUGGGCUGGGGACCAAAUGCGACAUUUCGUUUUCCCCAGUAUGGUGGGACUGGUGGGAUUUAUGCAGCUAUCUGUGCGAAGUUGCCACAGGAGCGCCUGACGUUUGACUCAUCUUAUCAGAUGGUGGCAGUUGAUGCAGAUGGCAAGACCGUCACAUUUGCCAAUGGUAAAGUGGUGAGGUACGACUAUCUCAUUUCCACAGUGCCGUACGAUGACCUUCUGCGCAUGACGAAAGGCAGUGGCUUCACGAAUCAUGAAGAAUGGUGCAAAAUCGCGGACAAGAUGAUGUAUAGUUCCACAAAUAUCAUCGGUCUAGGCAUUAAGGGUGCCCCACCGCCGCACCUGCGCACAACAUGUUGGUUGUACUUCCCUGAAGACACAUCCCCAUUUUACCGCGCAACAGUGUUCUCUAACUAUUCCAAGUACAAUGCCCCAGAGUGUCAUUGGAGUCUUAUGUUGGAGGUUAGUGAGAGUAGAUAUAAGCCGGUAAAUCACGAAACCCUUAUUCAGGAUUGCAUUGCUGGUUGCAUUGCAUCUAACCUGUUGACUGCGGAAGAUGUUGUAGUAAGCCGAUGGUUCCAUCAUAUCGCCAAGGGAUACCCUACUCCUUUCAUUGGCCGCAAUGAGCUUCUGAACAAGGUGCAGCCGCAGCUGAAGGCCCAUUGUAUCUAUUCCAGGGGCCGUUUUGGGGCUUGGAAAUACGAGGUGGGAAACCAAGAUCACUCUCUUAUGCAAGGAGUAGAAGCAGUUAGUCAUAUACUCGGCAUUGUGAAGGAUGAGAAUACCUUUUCGGUGCCGCAUCAAGUGAACGGCACCCGCGAGACGACGAACUGCACCCUCUUGCAAAGAGGUAAAUAA